AUCUGCGUGAAGUCACGACAAGGAACAUGUGAGAGCAUGAUCAUACUACAGCGUACCAUAACCAAGGUCUAGUAUUUUCCUUCGACUUCUCCAACCCCACUGCAGUCAGCUCGGGACGAAGGAUAAAUCCUGUCGUUUCUCUUCCACACAGGUUUCUACCCAACAUCAACUGUGAUACACAAUUACUCAGUCUAAUCAGCCAACCAUUCACUAGUGGCAUUGAAGCCAAACACUACAAAUCUCGAGCGAAGCAAGCUUCACUCUUAAUUUAAUUCUUACUAUUUAUUGUCGAUCGAAAAAGCAAACCCUCUAUCUAUUCUGAUCACAACAAAACACACCAAAAGUCAACAUGACUUCCCGCAUGGAAUUCACAGACCGGGGCAAGAAGGCCCUGGAGGACGCCAUGGCGCUGGCUGAGCAGUAUGCCCACUCCCAGCUCAUGCCCGUCCAUCUCGCAGUCUCGUUGCUGGAUCCUCCGCCGGACCAGUCCAAGGACCAACAGAACGCACCUCCCGGCAUCAACAACAGUCUGUUCAGGCAGGUCGUGGAGAGAGCACACGGUGACCCUCAAUUAUUCGACAGAGCACUCAAGAAGCGGUUGGUCCGACUGCCCAGUCAAGACCCCCCGCCCGAGAAUGUCGCCAUGUCACCCACCUUCAGUACUGUGCUCAGGAAAGCCCAGGAUCUGCAAAAGACACAAAAAGACACCUACGUCGCAGUGGAUCAUUUGAUCAGCGCACUCUCCGAGGAUCCUGGUGUGGCCGAGUGUCUCAAAGAGGCUAAUGUUCCCAAGCCGAAGCUGGUCCAGGACGCAGUCAACACAAUUCGCGGAACGAAGCGAGUGGACUCGAGAACAGCCGAUACAGAGGAGGAACACGAGAAUUUGGCCAAGUUCACCAUUGAUAUGACGGCCAUGGCAAGAGAAGGCAAGAUCGACCCUGUCAUCGGCAGAGAAGAAGAAAUCAGACGGGUUGUCCGGAUUCUGUCCAGAAGAACCAAGAACAACCCCGUGCUGAUUGGUGAGCCUGGUGUCGGCAAGACAACCGUCGUCGAAGGAUUGGCGCAGCGAAUCGUCAACGCUGAUGUUCCCGAUAACCUGGCCGCCUGCAAACUCUUGUCGCUUGAUGUCGGUGCUCUGGUGGCCGGCAGCAAGUACCGUGGUGAAUUCGAAGAGAGAAUGAAGGGAGUCUUGAAGGAGAUCUCAGAGUCAAAAGAGAUGAUUGUCCUAUUCGUCGACGAAAUUCACUUGCUGAUGGGCGCUGGUUCCUCCGGAGAGGGUGGCAUGGACGCAGCCAACCUUCUCAAGCCUAUGUUGGCCCGCGGUCAAUUGCAUUGCAUUGGUGCAACCACCCUUGCCGAAUAUCGAAAGUACAUCGAGAAAGAUGCUGCUUUUGAGCGACGAUUCCAACAGGUUCUCGUCAAGGAGCCAACCAUCCCGGAGACCAUCUCCAUUCUCCGAGGUCUCAAGGAAAAGUACGAGGUCCACCAUGGUGUAACCAUUGCCGACAGCGCCAUUGUGGCUUCCGCCAGUCUUGCAGCCCGCUAUCUCACGUCCAGACGACUUCCCGAUUCAGCCGUCGACCUGAUUGACGAGGCUGCUGCAGCAGUUAGAGUUGCCAGGGAGUCUCAACCCGAAAUUAUUGAUUCGCUUGAGCGUAAACUGCGCCAACUCAAGAUUGAAAUCCACGCUUUGAGCCGUGAAAAGGAUGAUGCCUCAAAGACUCGUCUCCAGCAGGCCAAGCAGGAUGCUGAGAACGUUGAGGAAGAACUGCGACCUCUCCGAGAGAAAUACGAGAGUGAGAGACGACGUGGUAAGGAUAUCCAAGAGGCCAAGGUUAAGCUUGACCAGCUCAAGGUCAAGGCUGAAGAUGCGGCAAGAAUGGGAGACCACGCUCGUGCUGCCGAUCUCCAGUACUACGCCAUUCCUGAACAGGAACAAGCCAUCAAGCAACUAGAGAGGGAAAAGGUGGCAGCAGAUGCUGCUCUCAACCCGAACGAUAUCGGUGGCUCCAUGGUCACCGACGUUGUCGGCCCUGACCAAAUCAACGAAAUCGUCUCUCGCUGGACAGGCAUCCCUAUCACUCGUCUCAAGACCACCGAGAAGGAGAAGCUUAUCAAGAUGGAACAAUACCUCGGCAAAGUUGUCGUCGGUCAGAAGGAGGCUGUCACCGCUGUAUCGAAUGCUAUUCGUCUGCAACGAUCCGGCCUGAGCAAUCCAAACCAGCCUCCCAGUUUUCUCUUCUGUGGUCCUUCGGGUACCGGUAAGACUCUGCUCACUAAGGCUCUUGCUGAGUUCUUAUUCGACGAUCCCAAGGCCAUGAUUCGCUUCGACAUGUCAGAAUACCAGGAGCGCCACGCACUAAGCCGAAUGAUUGGUGCACCCCCUGGUUAUGUUGGACAUGACGCUGGUGGUCAGCUCACAGAGGCCUUGCGGCGCAAGCCUUUCUCCAUUCUCUUGUUCGAUGAGGUGGAGAAGGCUGCUAAGGAAGUCUUGACAGUUCUUCUUCAGCUCAUGGACGAUGGUCGUAUCACCGACGGUCAAGGUCGUGUCGUUGACGCAAGAAACUGCAUCGUCGUCAUGACCUCCAACCUGGGUGCCGAAUUCUUGGCACGCCCUACUGGCCGUGAUGGCAGAAUUGACGCAACCACACGAGAACUCGUCAACAAUGCUUUGCGCAACUAUUUCCUUCCCGAGUUCCUAAACCGUAUCAGCUCCACGGUCAUCUUCAACCGUCUGACACGCAAGGAGAUUCGUAAGAUUGUGGACGUACGCAUCAGCGAGAUCCAAAAGCGGUUGUUGGACAACAAUCGCAAUGUAUUCAUCGAGGUUUCAGACGAAGCCAAGGACUACUUGGGCAACGCAGGUUACUCGCCUGCUUACGGUGCCAGACCUUUACAAAGACUCAUCGAGAAGGAAAUUCUCAACAAGAUGGCAGUGCUUAUUCUGCGCGGUGCUAUCCAGGAUGGAGAGAAGGCUAGAGUUGUUCUCAUUGGCAACAAGAUCCAGGUCUUGUCCAACCACACUGAUAGCGAGAUUGGUGACGAUGAGGACAUGCUCAUCGACGACGACGAUGCUAUCGAGGAUAUUGCUCCAGAGAGUAUGGAUGAAGAUCUCUAUGAUGACUAAGGAGUUCUGGCGUAAGCAUAAUGGAUUGAUGAAUUAUGAAGCAUAAAAGAAAGGCGUUUGCCAGAAGGCGUUAUGGACCUUGCAGAUCAGGGCUGAAGCGAAUUCUGCUUUUGUUUAAAAUGGACCAAGAAAUAUAAUCAAAUAAAUCUAAUAGAGGUUGAUAAAUAUAUACCAGAUGUUCAAAUCUCA